AUGAUUAUCACAAACAGUUCUGGUUGCUCUUUGAAUACCCUGAAAGUUCUUGUGCUGCAAGAGGAAUGGCACUGGUUUUCAGUUUUGGUAAUUGUCAUCUCCAUACUUAUCUUCUGUUUAGAAACUUUGCCAGAAUUCAGAGAAGAAAAAGAUUUUAACAUUUUCAAGAAUUCAGGGAAUUAUUCAGAAAAUGCAACAUACUUGAGCACCUUUACAGAUCCAUUCUUUUUAAUAGAGACCACUUGCAUAAUAUGGUUUUCAUUUGAACUGGUGGUUAGGUUUGCUGUCUGUCCAAGUUCCUCAGAGUUUUUCCAGAAUAUAAUGAACAUAAUUGACAUUGUGUCUAUCAUUCCCUACUUUGUAACACUUAUCACUGAACUGGUGAAGCAGACAGAGCCCAGUGUACAGCAAAACAUGUCAUUAGCUAUUUUGAGGAUUGUGCGGCUUGUUAGGGUAUUUCGAAUUUUUAAGUUGUCAAGGCAUUCAAAAGGACUUCAAAUUUUAGGACAAACCUUGAAGGCAAGCAUGAGAGAGCUUGGCUUGUUAAUAUUCUUUCUCUUUAUUGGCGUCAUUUUGUUUUCUAGUGCUGUAUAUUUUGCAGAAGUUGAUGAGCCUAACUCUCAGUUUAUCAGCAUCCCAGAUGGUUUCUGGUGGGCUGUAGUGACUAUGACAACUGUCGGUUAUGGAGAUAUGUGCCCUAUUACAUUGGGAGGGAAAAUGGUAGGCACACUUUGUGCUAUCGCUGGAGUUUUGACUAUUGCUCUCCCAGUUCCAGUCAUUGUAUCAAACUUUAAUUAUUUCUAUCACAGGGAAACAGAGAAUGAAGAAAGGCAAUCUCUACCUACGGAAACUGAGAAAAUUAGCUCAGAUAAUUUAACAAGAUCUGGAAGCACGACUUCUUUAAAGAAAAAUAAUGGCUCAUGUAUCCUUGAUAAAAAUGGAAAGACGUAA